GUGAAGGAAAAAAAAUUGGUCGCGCGAAUUGAAUUUGUUCAUUGGAAUCUUGGUCCAAGAAUUGGGAUAAUGCGCAGGUUUCUUAGGAAUUUUUGUUGUCAUUUUUUUAGCAUCCUUUCUUGGGCAUCAUUUUUCGGACAAAAAUCUUCAUUAUUAAUAAUCAGAAAAAAAUGUUGAAAAACAAAGAAUAAAUCAAAAAUGAUUUCAUCAAGAAUUCUAUUAGUAUUUCCUUUUAUUUUAAUAGAUUAUUUGGUUGUAUUGCAGUUCAUCGAUCAAUCAAUAAAUGAUCGAACAUUAUUAUCAACAAAUCAAAACAAUGAUCAAAUCAAACAACAAUAUAAUCUAUUAAAUAAUCCAAAAAUAUUUAAUAUUGGUGCAAUAUUGAGUGAAUCGAAACAUAUUGAUGCAUUUAUAAAUGAUAUUGAAAAUGUAAGUAAUAAAUCAUUACCGGAUGGUCUACAAUUACGACCAAAAGCAUUUGAAAUGUCACAAAAUCCAAUACAUACUGCAAGAGAUGUUUGUGAUAAAUUAAUAUUAUCCGAAGUUUAUGCUGUUAUUGUAUCACAUCCAAAAUUUGGUAAACAAUCACCAACAUCUGUUUCGUUUACCUGUGGUUUUUAUAAUAUACCUGUGAUUGGUAUAUCGAAUCGAGAUAGUAGCCUUUCGAAUAAAAAUUUACAUCCAUUCUUUCUACGAACACUUCCACCAUAUUCACAUCAGGCUGAUGUUUGGAUACAGAUGCUACUGUAUUUGGAUUAUAAAAAUGUUGUCAUCAUACAUAGUUCGGAUAGUGAUGGUCGUGCUACAUUGAAUCGUUUUCAAAAUUUGGCCGAUAUUAGCCAUAUUAAAAUUGAAUCAAUAAUUGAAUAUGAAACAGGAAUGUUAAACAUUGGCCAUGAUUUAAAAAAUGUUCGUAAUAAUUAUUAUUGUCGUGUACUAUUAUUAUAUGCCAAUGCUGAUGAUGCUGAAUUAAUAUUCGAUGAAAUACGAAGACAAGGAAUGGAUCAAUCCGGUUAUGUUUGGAUCGUAUCCGAGCAGGCAUCCAAAGCAUCGAAUCGUUUUGAUGGUAUCCUAUCAUUACGUUUAGAAUCAUCUGAUGAACAAUUAAUGAUUGAAGAUAGUAUUAAUAUACUAACCAAUGCCCUGUUGGAUAUGUAUUAUCGUCAUAAUAUUACUGUACCACCGACAAAUUGUCGUUUAACAUCAUCAAAUAAAUGGCAAACUGGACAAUUAUUUUAUGAUUAUUUAAAAAAACAAACAUUAAAUGGACGUAGUAAACGUAUACAAUUUGAUUCAUAUGGUGAUCGUUUAUAUUCAGAAUAUGAAAUUCUGAAUAUAAAUGAUAAUAAUGAAAUUAUUGUUGGAAAAUAUUCAUUCGAUUCAAAUCAAAUGCGUAUGAAAUUAUCAUUAUUAUUACAUAUGAUUCGUUGGAGUGGUGGUGACAUACAAAAACCAUUAGGUUUUUUUGUACCAAAACAUUUGAAAAUUGGUACUUUGCCGGAAAAACCAUUCGUUUGGGCAAUACAAUCCGAUAGUAAUGAAUGUCAAAAAAAUCAAAUUUUUUGUCCAAAAUUUAAUCAAACUAUUGAUCAUUAUGAUAAUUAUUGUUGUCAAGGUUAUUGUGUUGAUCUAAUGAAAGAAUUAUCGAAUCGUUUAAAUUUUUCAUUUGAUUUGGAAUUAGUAGCGGAUGGUCAAUAUGGUAAUUUGAAUUUUGUUGAUGAAUCUGGUCCACGUAUAUGGACCGGAUUAGUUGGUGAAUUAGUUAAUCGUCGUAUUGAUAUGGUUGUUGCACCAUUAACAGCAAAUCCUGAACGUAGUCAAGUAAUAUCAUUUUCAAAACCAUUCAAAUAUGAAGGUAUAACAAUAUUACAAAAAAGACAACCACGUAAAGCAACAUUAGCAUCAUUUUUACAACCAUUUCAGAAUACAUUAUGGUUGUUAGUUUUAGUAUCCGUUCAUAUUGUUGCAUUGGCAUUAUAUUUAUUAGAUUUAUUUAGUCCAUUAGGAAAUUAUAAAAUAAAUAAUGUAUCAUUAUCGGAUGAACCAUCAUUAAAUUUAUCCAGUGCUAUUUGGUUUUCAUGGGGUGUAUUAUUGAAUAGUGGAAUUGGUGAAAGAACACCAAGAAGUUUUAGUGCAAGAGUUCUUGGUAUGGUUUGGGCUGGAUUUGCUAUGAUUGUUGUUGCAUCAUAUACGGCUAAUUUAGCUGCAUUUUUGGUUCUAAAUCCAAGAGAUGAUCAUACAUUAUCCGGUAUUGAAGAUUCCCGGUUACGUAAUCCAACCGAAAGUUUUACAUUUGCAACAGUAAAAGGAAGUGCAGUGGAAAUGUUUUUUCGUAGCCAAGUUCAUUUAUUCAAUGCAUAUCGUACAAUGGAAGAAACAAAUCGUAAUAGUCCAGAAGAAGCAAUUGAAGCAAUUAAAAAAGGUGAAUUAGAUGCAUUUAUUUGGGAUUCCCCUCGGUUAGAAUAUGAAACAUCACAAGAUUGUGAUUUUGUAUUAUCGGGUGAAUUAUUUGGCCGUUCUGGUUAUUGUAUUGGUUUACAGAAAAAUAGUUUCUGGACUGAUGAAGUUACAUUAGCAUUAUUACGUAUGCAUGAAAGUGGUUUUAUGGAAUCAUUGGAUAAUAAAUGGAUUAUAUCCAAUGAUAAAGAUUGUGAAAGUAAAGUUGAACAUUUUCCAUAUACAUUGGGUAUGAAAAAUAUGGCAGGUGUUUUUAUUCUAGUAUUUUCUGGUGUUAUAACAUCAUUUGGUUUAAUUAUAAUUGAAAUAAUUUAUAAAAAACGUAAAGCAAGAAAAUUACAUCGUUUAUCGAUUGCUAAAAAAAUGGCUAUACGUUGGUUAGUUAAAGUAAAGAGAAAUCAUUCAAAAUAUAUGAUGAAAUCAUCCACACAACCAUCAAUGACAACAACAACAACAAAAACAAUAAAAACCCGAAAAAAUAUUGAAAUUUAUGAUAAAAAUGAUAAUCAAUUUGGUUAUCAAUCAUUUAUGAUACCACCACCACCACCCCCACCACAGCGAUCAGUACCAUAUUUAUUGGAACGACCAACAUCAACAACGGCAACAACAACAACAACAACAGCAACAAUCUUAACAAAUAAACAACAACGAACUGCACAGCAAAAAAUUUAUGAAUUUAAACAAAGAAAAUUUCUUGGUUAUUAUUAA